AUGCUUAAAUGUCGUUGGGGUACAGUUGCUCCAGCAUGUUUGAAGUGGUCUGAAAGUUAUGACGAGGCUCUUAAGAGGAAGAAGAGUGGCACGAGAGACGAAGAUGUGCUUAAAGAAGCGCAUUUAAUCCAUCAAAGAAAACACGGUAACUUUAACUUGAUUGAGCAAUGGAAAAUUUUAGGAAAGAUGGAAGAAGAUUUUAAAACACCAAGUGAACCUCAAGGAGGAUCAUCUACUCGCCCCAAGGGUGUAAAGAAGGCUAAGGUUUGCAUGACUGGGAAAAUGGUUGCGGAUCAAUCAAUUCAAGCUUUGAGUGCAUUUGGAGAGAGUCUUCAACUUAAUUCAGAAAUAAUGAAGGAGAAGACAAAACUUCAAAAACAAAAAGAAGCCCGAAAACAAAAACAACUUCAAAUGGAAGAAUAUCGAAUGAAUUGGGAUAUUUAUCAAACAUUAAGCAAAAAGGAAACUCUUCAGCCAUGGGAAGCUGAUAUGAUAGUUCAACUUGGACAAUACUUUCAGAAUUACAAUCGUCAGUAG